UUCACAAAUUAAUGUUUUAUUCGAAUAGGCUGCGUUCGGAAUCCUACCUGUGAGGUAGAGUAGCGUUUAACUGACCAAUCAAAUCAAAGAGAUUUUUGCCUUUCUGUCUUGAUUGGUCAACUAAACUCUCCUAACUUAUGCGUUCAGCGAGCUGUGUUCAGAAAUCCAUGAGUAGGAUUUCUGAACGCAGCUUUAAUUAGUUGAUGGCAAAAAUAAUUGUGUGUCAUAUGUCCAUGUGUCGUGUUUGUUUCAUGGAUGUGCUAUGUUUUAUGGAUACGCAACUACAAUAUGUCCGUUGCAACCAAAAAGAAAAGUGAAAUUUGGGAAUUUUUCACCAAAAACGGUAGUAAUACCUGUAUUUGUAAUUUGUGUGGAAAAGUUUAUAAAACUGGUGGAGGUACUACAAACCUAAAAAAUCACCUUCUUCAUAAACAUCCUUCAUGUAUAACUCCUAUAAGUAAAAAUAAAAAUAAGCCAACAGCUAUAAUAAUUUCAGCCAAGAAAUCAAAAAUAGUGGAAACAGAAGAAAUAGAAAAUGAAGCAAAUUUUGUUGAUAAUGACUCAUUUAAAAUAAUAGAGGAAGGUCAAAGCUCUCAUUCGGAGAUUUCAGGACUUUUAGUAGACAGAUUUGAAACUGUUGAAAAUAAUGUCCACAAUUCUGAUGUGAACUAUAUUUCAACGCCAGCUUCACUGAAAAAUAAAAUCUCUCACUAUGAUUCUUCGGAUUCUAAGAGUUCCUCCAGUUCUAAUUUAACACAACCAUCAAUCGAAAAAAGUUUUAAAAAUCAAAGAAGUUAUGAGCCUGGAGGAACAAGAGAAUGUGAAAUUACGCAGAGUUUAUUGUAUAUGAUUUGCAAAGAUAACCUUCCCUUAAGCUGUACAGAAAAAGAGGGCAUGAAAAAAUUCUUAAAUACAGCGAUACCAUUAUAUAAAGCACCAAGCAGGAAAACGAUUACAUCCCUCAUAGAAAACAAAUACAUUUCCUUACAGGCCAUUGUUAGAAAUAAAAUGAGCGAAGUUAAUAAAAUUUCUAUUACAACUGAUAUCGCGACAGUUAUGAACGCAACUAGAAGUUUUAUUGUACUAACAGCUCAUUAUAUCGAUGAAGAAAAAAAAUGCAUGAAUGCAAUGUGUCUAGGAGUAAAAAAUCUCACUCCUCAUCAUACUGCAAUUAAUAUUUGUGCAGAUUUAAAUGAAAUGCUCGAACAUUGGAAUAUUUCAAAAAAAAGUAUAGUUUCUGUGACUACAGAUAAUGGUGCAAACAUUGUCGCUGGAAUAAAAAUGUUAUUAGCAAAAGAAAAUCCAGAAACUAACAUCCAUGUGCCAUGUCUAGCACAUAAUAUUAAUUUAGUGGUAUGCAAAGCACUUGGCGCUAUUGAUGAUAUUGUUAACAUCAUUGACAAAGUAAAACAGAUCGUUGCUUAUUUCAAGCAUAGUAAUGUUGCCCAAGAUAACAUGCGAAACGAGCAAAAAAAAGAUGGUAAAGGUGAUGGCACUUAUUUGUAUUUAAUACAAGAAGUAGCCACAAGGUGGAACUCAACGUUUUACUGCCUAGAAAGAUUCCAAUUAUUGUCAAAGUACGUGGGCAAAAUUUUGUCCUGUUCAACUCAUAAAAAUGCUCCGCCUAUGGUUACACCACUUGAGUUGGCAAUAAUUGAAGAAUGUUUAUUAUUAUUACGUCCAUUUGAAGCAGCAACGAAAGAUAUUUCUGGGGAGAAAUACAUAUCCGGAAGCUUAGUGAUUCCUCUCGUACAUUGUGUAAAAACUUCGUUACAACGAAUCAAUGUUACUAAUGAAAUAACACAGAAAUUAAAAGAAGAACUUUACAAGCAAACAGAAAAAAGAUUGGAUUCAUAUGAAAAAAAUUUAUUAUUAUCAGUAGCAACAAUUCUAGAUCCUAGAUUCAAGAGAAUUCAUUUUGCAUCACCAUUAAAUGCUGCAAAUGCUAUUAGAUAUAUAAAAGAGCAAAUACGUUGUCAAGGGGCAUUAACUCCGCCUAGAAUGGAGACUUCUCUAGAAAAAAAAGAUCAAGAAGAUAGUAUUUGGAAUAUUCAUGAAGAAGUUGCAGCAAAAUAUACAACAGAUCCACAAAGUCUUGAAAAUCAAGGCCUACCUACAGAAUUAAAACUUUAUCUUGAUCAACCCAUUUUAUAUAGAAAUCAUGAUCCAAUACAAUAUUGGGUAGAAAGAAAGAGUGCCUUCCCAGCAACAUUUCCAGUUGCCAUGAAAUUUUUAACAAUUUUAGGAGCAUCUGUUCCAUCCGAGAGAUUAGUUUCAACUUUAAAUAAUGUUUGCUCCGAUCAUAGAAGUCGGUUGACUCCCGAGCAUACUAAUCAAUUAGUUUUUCUAGGCUCGAUAGAUAAUAGUUAUUGGAGAUUGUAAUAAGAUUUUCAUUCAUAUUGGAAAUUACAAUAAAAAUUUUAAUUAAACAAAAA